GGGGUGGGGGGGGGGGGGGGGGGGGGGGGGGGGGGGGGGGGGGGGGGGGGGGGGGGGGGGGGGGGGGGGGGGGGGGGGGGGGGGGGGGGGGGGGGGGGGUGGGGGGGGGGGGGGGGGGGGGGGGGGGGGGGGGGGUGGGGGGGGGGGGGGGGGGGGGGGGGGGGGGGGGGGGGGGGGGGGGGGGGGGGGGGGGGGGGGGGGGGGGGGGGGGGGGGGGGGGGGGGGGGGGGGGGGGGGGGGGGGGGGGGGGGGGGGGGGGGGGGGGGGGGGGGGGGGGGGGGGGGGGGGGGGGGGGGGGGGGGGGGGGGGGGGGGGGGGGGGGGGGGGGGGGGGGGGGGGGGGGGGGGGGGUGGGGGGGGGGGGGGGGGGGGGGGGGGGGGGGGGGGGGGGGGGGGGGGGGGGGGGGGGGGGGGGGGGGGGGGGGGGGGGGGGGGGGGGGGGGGGGGGGGGGGGUGGGGGGGGGGGGGGGGGGGGGGGGGGGGGGGGGGGGGGGGGGGGGGGGGGGGGGGGGGGGGGGGGGGGGGGGGGGGGGGGGGGGGGGGGGGGGGGGGGGGGGGGGGGGGGGGGGGGGGGGGGGGGGGGGGGGGGGGGGGGGGGGGGGGGGGGGGGGGGGGGGGGGGGGGGGGGGGGGGGGGGGGGGGGGGGGGGGGGGGGGGGGGGGGGGGGGGGGGGGGGUGGGGGGGGGGGGGGGGGGGGGGUGGGGGGGGGGGGUGGGGGGGGGGGGGGGGGGGGGGGGGGGGGGGGGGGGGGGGGGGGGGGGGGGGGGGGGGGGGGGGGGGGGGGGGGGGGGGGGGUGGGGGGGGGUGGGGGGGGGGGGGGGGGGGGGGGGGGGGGGGGGGGGGGGGGGGGGGGGGGGGGGGGGGGGGGUGGGGGGGGGGGGGGGGGGGGGGGGGGGGGGGGGGGGGGGGGGGGGGGGGGGGGGGGUGGGGGGGGGGGGGGGGGGGGGGGGGGGGGGGGGGGGGGGGGGGGGGGGGGGGGGGGGGGGGGGGGGGGGGGGGGGGGGGGGGGGGGGGGGGGGGGGGGGGGGGGGGGGGGGGGGGGGGGGGGGGGUGGGGGGGGGGGGGGGGGGUGGGGGGGGGGGGGGGGGGGGGGGGGGGGGGGGGGGGGGGGGGGGGGGGGGGGGGGGGGGGGGGGGGGGGGGGGGGGGGGGGGGGGGGGGGGGGGGGGGGGGGGGGGGGGGGGGGGGGGGGGGGGGGGGGGGGGGGGGGGGGGGGGGGGGGGGGGGGGGGUGGGGGGGGGGGGGGGGGGGGGGGGGGGGGGGGGGGGGGGGGGGGGGGGGGGGGGGGGGGGGGGGGGGGGGGGGGGGGGGGGGGGGGGGGGGGGGGGGGGGGGGGGGGUGGGGGGGGGGGGGGGGGGGGGGGGGGGGGGGGGGGGGGGGGGGGGGGGGGGGGGGGGGGGGGGGGGGGGGGGGGGGGGGGGGGGGGGGGGGGGUGGGGGGGGGGGGGGGGGGGGGUGGGGGGGGGGGGGGGGGGGGGGGGGGGGGGGGGGGGGGGGGGGGGGGGGGGGGGGGGGGGGGGGGGUGGGGGGGGGGGGGGGUGGGGGGGGGGGGGGGGGGGGGGGGGGGGGGGGGGGGGGGGGGGGGGGGGGGGGGGGGGGGGGGGGGGGGGGGGGGGGGGGGGGGGGGGGGGGGGGGGGGGGGGUGGGGGGGGGGGGGGGGGGGGGGGGGGGGGGGGGGGGGGGGGGGGGUGGGGGGGGGGGGGGGGGGGGGGGGGGGGGGGUGGGGGGGGGGGGGGGGGGGGGGGGGGGGGGGGGGGGGGGGGGGGGGGGGGGGGGGGGGGGGGGGGGGGGGGGGGGGGGGGGGGGGGGGGGGGGGGGGGUGGGGGGGGGGGGGGGGGGGGGGGGGGGGGGGGGGGGGGGGGGGGGGGGGGGGGGGGGGGGGGGGGGGGGGGGGGGGGGGGGGGGGGUGGGGGGGGGGGGGGGGGGGGGGGGGGGGGGGGGGGGGGUGGGGGGGGGGGGGGGGGGGGGGGGGGGGGGGGGGGGGGGGGGGGGGGGGGGGGGGGGGGGGUGGGGGGGGGGGGGGGGGGGGGGGGGGGGGGGGGGGGGGGGGGGGGGGGGGGGGGGGGGGGGUGGGGGGGGGGGGGGGGGGGGGGGGGGGGGGGGGGGGGGGGGGGGGGGGGGGGGGGGGGGGGGGGGGGUGGGGGGGGGGGGGGGGGGGGGGGGGGGGGGGGGGGGGGGGGUGGGGGGGGGGGGGGGGGGGGGGGGGGUGGGGGGGGGGGGGGGGGGGGGGGGGGGGGGGGGGGG